AUGGUGAGGGUUGAUCCAAGAAACCGUUUAACACCUUCAAGAUUGAUGCCAAGAACUCCCUUGACACACGAAGAACAAGCAAAACCUUCUGUUUUGUAUGAAAACAGAAGGGUGACAAGAACAUUCCCUUGGGAUGGUUCUAUGUCGUGGAUGGAGACAAUGAACCUUCACUCAGUCCCUGGCCUCUUCCUCACACUCAAGUUAGGAUUCACUCUCUUAACUCUCGUGGAAUUGACUGAAUCCUCUCUUUGCUUCACUCACAAAGACAACACUCAGGCUAAGUAUUCUGAAAUCAGCCAUUCUCAAAUAUCUGGCGAACACGCGACCUUAGAGCUGAUCUUAUGGGCUCUAUGCCAUACUUUGAAUUCCCACGCUCAUACACACACCAGGUUAGACGUUCCAAUGCUCGCAAGGUGGGCUGCCAGGCAGAUCGAUGUCUUUGCCGUUCUGUUGCUUGCUGAUUUGGGAACAUCAUUCUGUUCUGGUUAUUGGCUGUUGGGAGACUUCCUUUUGUUCCCCCUUGGUCUUGCCAUGCUUGCAUGUAGAUGUUCAAUCCAUCUUGAAGAUGAUCUUCCUUAUUCUUCAAGCAAAAGUCAGCAAAUUGUCCAUAAUUGUUGCACAAGUGAUACUAAAUUUAUCUCGAGCUUGUUGGUGGCUAACCAUGUGUUUAGGGGCUUGGUAGAUAAGCUAGAAUCUUUAGUUGAUGUUGGUGGUGGCAAUGGAACCAUGGCUAAGGAACUUGCUAAAGGCUUUCCUAGGUUAUCAUAUAUAGUGCUUGAUCUACCACAUGUGGUUAAGGGGUUAAAAGAGUGCCAAAACAAUGUUACAUGCAUAGGAGGUGAUAUGUUUGAGAAUAUUCCUUCUGCUCAAGCCGUUUUACUCAAGUCAAUAUUGCAUGAUUGGAGCAAUGAGAAAUGCAUUAAGAUUCUCCAAAAGUGUAAAAAGGCAAUUCCAAGCAAAGAAGAAGGAUGGAAAGUCAUUAUUAUUGAUAUGGUGGUGAAGCCACGAAGUGGAAACAGAACGCACUCUGAUACUCAACUUCUAUUCGAUAUGGAAAUGAUGAAUCUUACCAAUGGUGGAAGGGAGAGAAAAGAAAAUGAAUGGAAACAACUUUUCUUAAGUUCUGGUUUUAAUAAUUAUAAUAAUUAUCCAAUACUAGGGCUAAGAUCAAUUAUCCAAGUCUUUCCUUCAUAAUUAUGCUUUUGUUUUAAUGAGAUUCUUUCAUUUCUCCCAUAUUAUUUUGCUACAAAGUUAUUUUGUAGAAAAGUUUAUAUUGCUUUUUUUUUUUUUUUAAUUUUUUUUAUUCUUAUACAUAUACAUUUCAACAAAUGGUUCCAUCUUUUUUAAUUUAUGUGUAAAAUUAUA